GGCAGGACCGGCGAGGGGCGGUGCCAGGCCGCGGGUCCUCAGUCAAGUGAAGCGGAGCAGCUGGCCCGGGCGCCGACUGCGGAGGAGCCAAGAAGCUAGAGGGCGGACAUGCCGUGGGUCGUUCGCAUCCUCUCUCUGCUGCUGGUGUCGCUGCUGGUCACCGCGCGCAGCUUGCCUGAUGACUCACAGAGGACGUUCAAGAUUGACUACAACCACAACCGCUUCCUCAAGGAUGGCCAGCCAUUCCGCUAUAUCUCGGGCAGCAUUCACUACUUCCGCGUGCCCCGCUUCUACUGGAAGGACCGGCUGCUGAAGAUGAAGAUGGCUGGGCUCAACGCCAUCCAGGUAUACGUGCCUUGGAACUUUCACGAGCCCCAGCCAGGACAGUACCAGUUUUCUGAGGACCAUGAUGUGGAACAUUUUAUUCAGUUGGCACAUGAGCUGACGCUGCUAGUCAUCCUGAGGCCUGGACCCUACAUCUGUGCGGAGUGGGAGAUGGGAGGAUUACCUGCUUGGCUAUUACAGAAAGAAGGUAUCAUUCUCCGUUCUUCUGAUCCAGAUUACCUUGAAGCUGUGGACAAGUGGUUGGGAGUCAUUCUGCCCAAAAUGAAACCUUUCCUCUAUCAGAAUGGAGGGCCAAUUAUAACAGUGCAGGUUGAAAAUGAAUAUGGCAGUUACUUCACCUGUGAUUAUGACUACCUGCGUUUCCUGCAGAAGUCCUUUCGCUACCACCUGGGUAAUGAUGUGAUUCUGUUCACCACGGAUGGAGUAUAUAAGGAUCUUCCACAUUGCGGGACACUGCAGGGACUCUACUCCACGGUGGACUUUGGUCCAGGUGCCAACAUCACAGAUGCUUUCCUACUCCAGAGGAAGUAUGAACCCAAAGGACCCUUGAUCAAUUCCGAAUUCUAUACUGGCUGGUUAGACCAUUGGGGCCAACCUCACUCGACAGUCACGACUGAAGCGGUAGUGUCCUCCCUCCAUGAUAUACUUGCCCACGGGGCAAAUGUGAACUUGUACAUGUUUAUAGGUGGGACCAAUUUUGCCUAUUGGAAUGGGGCCAAUAUACCCUACCAAGCACAGCCUACCAGCUACGACUAUGACGCCCCACUGAGUGAGGCAGGGGACCUCACCAAGAAGUAUUUCGCUGUGCGAGAUGUUAUUCAGAAGUUUCAAAAAGUACCAGAAGGUCCUAUUCCUCCAUCCACACCAAAGUUCGCAUAUGGAAAAGUCACUCUGCGAAAGAUAAGGACAGUGAAUGAAUCGCUGAAUGUUCUGUGUCCCACUGGACCUGUAAAAAGCCUUUAUCCCUUGACAUUUAUUCAGGUGAAACAGUAUUUUGGGUUUGUGCUGUACCGAACAACACUUCCUCACGACUGCAGCGACCCAACACCUCUCUCUUCAUCCUUCGGUGGAGUCCAUGACCGAGCCUACGUCUCUGUGAAUGGGGUCCCCCAGGGAAUCCUUAGCCGAAGAGAUGAGAUCAGUCUGAACAUAACAGGGAAAGCCGGAGACGCUCUGGACCUCCUGGUGGAGAACAUGGGGCGCGUCAACUAUGGCAAUUUUAUGAACGAUUACAAGGGUCUGAUUUCUAACCUGACCCUCAACUCCAGCAUUCUCACAGACUGGAUGAUCUUCCCACUGGACACUGAGACUGGAGUGUACCACCUUGGGGACUGGCGUGGCAAUGAGAGCAGGUGCCAUGACAAAGCCUAUGCCCAGAGCUCAUCUAACUACACACUCCCGGCCUUUUAUGUGGGGAACUUCUCCAUUCCCAGUGAGAUCCCAGACUUGCCCCAGGACACCUUUAUCAAGUUUUCUGGAUGGACCAAGGGUCAGGUGUGGAUUAACGGCUUUAACCUGGGUCGCUAUUGGCCAGAGCGAGGCCCCCAGAUGACCUUGUUCGUGCCACAACAUAUCCUGGUGACAUCGGCCCCAAACACCAUCAUAGUGCUGGAAUUGGAACGGGCACCCUGCAAUGAUGAUUGCCCAAAAUUGUGCACUGUAGAGUUCGUGGACAAGCCGGUUAUCAGCGAAGCCGUGACCUACAGUCAUCUUCAACACUUGUGACGGGAUCAUGUAUGAUGACUAAAGGCCAUGACCCUUUGGAAUUCUAGCCUUUCACAUACCUCACAUAUCCCCCUUGCAGUGGCACCGUUCACGGAAGAGUUCAAGUGAAAAAUAGAUUUAGCUUAUGUGUUUCACCUGAGGUUUCCCUGUAGCCUGACAGUGCCUGACCUUCCACUGCCAGGGGCCACCGUGGCUGGGUGAUGGGGGUAGAAGCACAUCAGUGCACAGGUGUGUUUGCAGAGUUGGAAUGGAGGCUUUCGAGGUGUUUCUGAUUUUUAUUUUGGAAGAAUCAUGCUGUCUUUUUGUUAAAUAAAAUUUGCAUUUAUGAUA